AUAUUAUUUCACCCAAAAGUCUCUUUUUCCCCAAAAAAAUACAUUUUCUCAGCCCCAAACCGCGACUUUGCUUCCGGAUUCUCUUUUUUCCCCAAAAUACAUUUUCUUAGCCCCAAAUCGCGACUUUGCUUCCGGAUUUUGGAUUGAGUUCUUCUUAAAAUUGAACUGCUCUUCAAUUUUUCUAGCUUUAAUUGUAAUCGAAAGUGGUAAAAUUACUUCUUCCAGGUAACAAAUCUUUACAAUUUAGAGUGUUUAAGGUAAAAAUUAAAAAUAGGGUUCUAUAUUUCUCUUGUUUAUUGAAGUUUUGAGCUUAUGAAAUCUGUAAUGUGAUGUGUGUUGUGGCUUUUGUAGUUGUUAACAAUGGGAAUGUUGAUGGGUUUUGAUGGGAUUUCUAGUUUUUUAAAAUGGAAUUUUUGAUGGGUUUAUCUAGUUAUUAAGAAUGGAAUUUUGAUGAAUUUUAUGAAAUCUGCAAUGGAACUAUAGGCAAGCCGUGUCAAGAGAAUGGAAGUAUGGAAGUUAUGUAGUAAACUUGAGUUUCUAGACAUGCUUGGAAAGUGUAUCUUUUAGUUUGAUGCUAUUUGUGAAAGUUUAUGCUUUUGUUUCAUUUGAACUUGUUAAAUAUCCAAUUACGACAUUCAAUAACGUGCUCGGUGAGUCCUAAGAUGUGGGAAUAGGAGUCAGUCGAUUAUUUAGUUGUGUCAGGGGAAGUAUAUGUUUCAAGAACUUGUCAGAUUUAACGUAAAGCCUGAAUUUUUUGUUUGUUCGAGCAAAGUUACGAGUGUAUCGAGAACCUAAAACUUCUAGUUUUAAAGUUAUUUAAUUUAUAACUAACUGUACAACUCAUGUUAUGCCAAACUUCUAGUUUUUAAAGUUCUUUAGGCCGUUUUGGCCCUUACAGAAGCUUAGCUCAAAGGUUUUGUCGUCCUCGUUACGUGCAAGAACCUGAACUAUACAUGUGUCUGUGAGUUGAUCAAUUUCUUUCGCAACUGUUAAGCAUUUUAUGCUUGACACUAUAUGGUACCGUACAACUCACAUUGUGCCCUUAAAUCUUAAUAGCAACACUGAUCUUCUCCAGCUCUAAAUUACUGCUUUCUUAGUGUUCUACAAGAUCUGGUGACAUCAGUUGGAAGGGGUCUGCAAGGGUUUUGUAAGGGGUCUAACUAACAUGUGUUCUUGCCUAGAAUUCUUAUUAUGUGGGGUUUUUAGACUAAAUAGGUAGCAUAUCACCAGCGGAAUAACAAAACUAUGUCUUGUAUUUUGAUAGUUAUGUAGGAUAAUUAGAUGUAACUAGACCAUUUCAUAUUCUUGAUGAAGCAAUGAUUGUAGAAAAUGCAAAUUUGUAAAUGCAAAUUUGUGAUUGCUUUGUGAUUGUGUAAAUGUUUCCUUCAUUUACAUGAUUGUAGACAUAUGCCAAAACAUUCUUGCUUUCCCUUUAUAUUUUUCUUACCUUUAGUUGUGCAUGUACAAGUUUAUAUGUGUCUUAAGUUUCUUGUUUGUGGAUGGAGUGUUGUCUAUGAUUUUGGAUAUAUAGUUUUUAUAAUUGCUUUAAGGCCAAUGUGUGUAAUGAGUCAAGUAAGCAGCUGGACCAUCAUUCAUGCUUUGUGCUUGUUAGGCUAGCGUGCUAUAUUUGCCAAUUGCCAAUUGAGCAUACUUCAUAUGAAUUUUGUAAGAAGUUCCAGUAGUUAAGAUUUAAGAACUAGACCAUCUCUAAUUACUAAAAAACUUGUCACUCUUACAAAUUUUGUACAAGGAGAAUCUAAUGGUAACUUUGUUCCUAUGUUGAGUGACCAUUUUCUUGUAUAUAAGACUUCAAAGGAUAAUAUAUUCAAUGUUUCUCUGUUUACUCAUUCAUAACUGACAUUUGUUGCAUCUUUGUGGUCGUCAGAUCAUUUUUUGUCGCAUUUUUGUGCAUCAAAAAAGCUCAAUGUUUCUUAUAUCAAAUUCUUGAUGGCAUAAUGCAGUCUUCGAUGUCAUUAUUUGACACUACUCCUUCUGGAAGAACAUUAAGUCGAGUGAGUCCUACUCAAGAUACUGAUUGAUACUCUAGUGUAAUUUCUUCCUUCACUGAUCUAAUAAAUGAUUUUAUGAUUCCACUGUUUCUAAGUAUAGUACUUCUGAAUUUGUUUUUCAUAAUAGGCAUGCUAUGUUGUUCAUAACAUGCCCGAAUGCUUCACCUACUAUAUUCCACUGUUUCUAAGUUGAAGACCUUAAAUACUACAUUUAUUUCUAAUUUCCUCUACACUUCAAAAGAUACUACUAACUCAAGGUGGUAUUUAUAAGCACUCCCAAACUGAUGAAUUGAAUGCAAAUUCAAUCCCAUGGUUACUCUGCAAGUCUAGGAAGUCUCCAGUUUAUUGUUUCACCUACUUAACUAGAAAUUCAGGUUGUCAAGCUAAAAUUGAAAGGGUCACAAUUCAAAAAAUCCCCUUGAAACAAUGGAAGAGGUACUAUAUAUGAGCUAAAUUACCUGAAUAAACAAAUUAGAAGCUGGGAGGAUCUUAGACCUUUCUUUUGGUUGAUCUUCACCUUGUCAAUAACUCAUGUAAUGAAAUAAUUUUGAAGUGUAGGAGCUCCAAAAAACUAUGAAGACUUGAAUGUGGAAAAGAUACAAGUUGUUUUUUAGUCUGAUAAUCAUGAGGAUGGCUGUUGUUUCAAGGUUUUUUUUUUAGUGUGGCUGACCUUGUCAUAUAUGCAUCUCUCCCUGAGGAGCAAUCUUUUCCAAACACUUUGUUAAAGGAAAUGUGCUUUGGGAAACCUAUAGUAGCUCCAGAUCUACCAAUGAUAAAGAAAUAUGUAGGUAUAUCAAGUCAUUAAAUGUUCCAUGGAUUUCAAAUUGUUGCCUAGGUUAACAUAUACAUCUUUGUAGUUGUGGUUGAGAACAUAUAUUAUUACUAGCAAGUUAUUUUUGAGCCUUGAAUCAAUUUUUGAUUUCAUCCAUCAUCAUGGCACACUCAGCUCAACUACAAGAAUUUAUCCCGUGCAUGGGAAAGUGUUUGAAGAUGAUCACCUAAAGAAAUCUUUCUAUUCUGAUAACUUAGUUUUUACAAGAAUGGAAAAAAUGAUUUAGCUAUGUAAAUGCUCACACUUGUUCUUUUGGCAGACUGGUAAUGGUUAGUAUUUGAUAUUCUUUUAGACACUCAUAGCUUUUCUUUGACCUAAUUCCAGCUUUAGCUUCUCUUGUAUCCUACUCAAGACUUUUAUGUCUCACACUUGUUCUUUUGGUAGACUGGUAAUGGUUAGUAUUUGACAUUCUUUUAGACACUCAUAGCUUUUCUUUGACCUAAUUCCAGCUUUAGCGUCUCUUAUAUCCUACUAAAGACUUUUAUGUUUAAUUUGUCUUUAUUGCACCGGUGCACAAAGCGUUUGGUCACACAUAUCUCCUACUGAUUUAUUUUUACACUAUUAUUAGGUCGAUGACAAGGUGAAUGGCUAUCUUUUUCCAAAAGAAAAUGUCAAAGUUUUAGCACAGAUCAUGUUGCAAGUAGUAUCAAAUGGUGAACUGUCACUUUUAGCCUACAAGGCUGCUUCAGUUGGGCAACAUAAUGCAAGGAACCUCAUGGUAUCAGAAAGUGUGGAAGGGUAUGCUCUGUUAUUGGAGAACUUUCUCCAAUUUCCAUCCGAAGUUGAAUAUCCCAAGGUUGUUACUGAAAUUCCUAAAAAACCAAAAGCAGAAUGGCAAUGCCAACUUUUUGAAGCAAUUGAGACAAAAUAUUAAAAGAACAACACUUUGAAGACCACAAGAUAUUUGAAUGGGUUUGAAAGGCAAUGGAAUCCGACUCAAAGAGAGGGUUCUGCAGCCAUGGUGGAAAAGAGUGAGGAAUUUCUUUAUAGCGUUUGGGAGGAUCACACAAAUACUGGGAUAGCUAAUGUGAGAAACCGAAGAGAAGACCAGGAGUUGAAGGGCAGAACUGAUCAACCUCGGGAACAUUGGUGGAAGUGUAUAGAAGUGCCAAAAGGGCCGAUCGGUCUAGGAACGAUUUGCGUGAAAGGGAUGAAGCGGAGCUUGAAAGAACUGGUCAACCGUUGUGCAUUUAUGAGCCAUAUUUUGGAAAAGAGACCUGACCAUUCUUGCCUGGUACAUUACUUUAUCGUGGCCUUGGACUUGAUAAACUACUGGAGCUUCUACCUGAAGAUCAGGAACUUGCUAUCAGUUGUGGUGUUCCUUUCAAGAUACUAGCUCAUCCUAACGACGCCAUUGAAAAAGUGUGUGGAUCUGAACAUUCUAGACGUGUGCGUGGUUUAGGUGGUAAUGUUUGGUAGCGAGUUGCCUACUUUAAAUAAAUCUUCUUAGCCUUUAGUAUAUUUUGAAACAAAUGACAAAUAUGGUGUUUCUACUUUUAACAUUAGUAUUUGUGUUAUCUUUUAUGAAUAUUUAAGGUUUGGACCUUAUCUAUUGUGUCAAUAAAUUGAACAAUAUUAGAACUUUGAUAAUUAUGUUACAAUUAAUA